GAGUAAAAUCAAACCAGGUAUAAUACAUGGGUCGGGUUAAAAUUAUAAGGCAGCCCGGCCCAGCCAAAUUUCCAUACAAGCCGUAGCUUUACUGUACUGUGCCUCCGCCGCUGCCCCAACUUCCUCCUCCCUCCGUCGUCGUCUCUUCGCUCUCCUUCUUCUUCAGUCAUGUCAUUCCUCCUCCGUCUCAGAAGAAUCCCCACUUUCACAAACCCAAACCCUUCUCUUUCUCUGCAUCCACCCCCAACCACCCCUCCCCUUCCCUUCUCAGAGAACUCAGUGAGGCUGUCAAAAACCUCCAUGCAUCUGUGCAAAUUUAUGUCACCGGCCCAACCGGCACCGUCCCUUCCUUCAACUCCGACCCAGCGUCCUCUACCCUCUCCUUCGUCCCCCCUUCCUUCAACUCCGAUGAAGAUUCCGACGAAACCUCCACCACCUUGAACGACAAGCUCCAGCGGUUGAAGGAAAAAGCUUUAGCCUUGAAGCAGAGGAAGGAAACUGAUGGAAAACGCAUCUCCGAGCUGUUCGAAGCCAGGAAGCCUUCCUACCAUGAGAUCGUCCAGUGCGUCUUGCAGGCGGAGGAACGCCGGCGCCGCCGACUCCCGAGAUUGAUAACUUAAUCAUAAAGUUUACCAGACAGAAGGAGAUGACAAUGGAGAUUGCUGACCUUUCAAAGGUGUUGACAAACUCAAGACUAGCUUCAUUCUAUGAGAUUGCCCAUGGCAUGUCCCAGAUGAGGAAAGAUUUACCAGACAAUGAUGAGGAAUUGGGGAAGAUGUGGAAUGAGUUGAGGGAUGGGUUGAUGAGGGGUGUGAGGUUGGAGGUGAUACAGUUUGAGGUGUUGGCCAAGGAGAUGGACAAGGAACUAGAGCAUAUCCAACACAACAUUAACAACUACUUUAUUGUUCGCGACAAAUGCACCUGCACUAAUGACCAGAUUUGCGGGGCGCACGUGGGGUUGGUCAAUCCGAAUCGCUGAUGUAUUUAAACUUGGCGGCUCGUGGAUUUUAACUUGUGAUUAGUGAAAGCGCGGAAACAAGAUUAACUUUUCAAACUGCUGCUGUAUUUUGGAAGGAGCGGUCAGCACAAUACAGUAUUUGUCUAACCCUAAUGUGUCCAUAUUUCUAGUUAUUAGUUAUGUAUGUAUCAGGAUUUGAUGAACUUGGUUUGGGCAUGUAUGUAGUAUUAUAUUACUGAGGUUCUGUUCUGUUGCACAAUUGGUUCAGUUUAAGUAUUAUAUUAUCAAUUAGAUAA